CUUUUUUAUCUGUCAUUACUUGAACUUGAAUCAAGGUGCUUGAAGGUUACUUCAGUUUCACGUGUGUGUGUGCUUGUCACCUAACGAUCAGAUUAUUCUUAUUCCUUGUUGCAAGAAUUAAUUCAGUUAGAGAAACACUAUCAUCAAGAAAACAACUGUUUCAGAAUCCAAAAGUCAAUAGAAUGGCAGUCAACACUGGAAAUCCAGAAUUGGAUAGGAAAGUUGAAGAUUGGCUGAAAUGGGACAAAAAUGAGAAGAACAAGGCUGAAAUCGAAGAACUCCUCAAGGUCAAUGAUGUGGAUACUCUUGUCAAGAUUUUUGAAAAACGCUUGGAAUUUGGAACAGCUGGAUUGAGAGGUGUUAUGGCUGCUGGUCCCAGCAGAAUGAAUGAUUUAACAGUAAUACAAGCCACCCAAGGUAUGGCUAAAUACCUUUUAGAAUGCUUUGAUGAUGUCAAAACUCAAGGCGUGGUGAUUGGUUAUGAUGGAAGGUACAACAGCAGCAGAUUUGCUAGUUUGGCUACACGGGCAUUUAUUACGAUGGGUAUACCCGUUCACCUCUUUUCUGCGCUAGUACCCACUCCCUAUAUCCCGUUCAGCGUAUGUCAGCUAAAAACUAAAGCAGGAAUCAUGAUUACUGCUUCACAUAAUCCGAAAGAAGAUAACGGAUACAAAGUUUAUUGGGAAAAUGGAGCACAGAUCAUUUCUCCUGACGACAAAAAUAUCCUUUUACGCAGUUUGGAUAAUUUGGCUCCAUGGGACGAAGCUUGGGACGAUUCCGUCAGAGAACAUGCAUUAGUCUCUGACCCUCUUGAAAAUAUAAACCAACUCUAUUUUGAUGUCCUUUCCAAGGAAUGUCUGCGAGAUGAACUCAACCAAAAAACCUCACUCAAGUUCACCUACACUCCUGUGCACGGUGUUGGGGCUCCAUAUGUAAAAAUGGCUUUCGAAACAUGCAAGUUUCAGCCAUAUAUUCCAGUUCAAGAGCAGAUCGAGCCUGACCCGGAAUUUUCAACUGUCAAAUUCCCAAACCCAGAAGAAGGCAAAUCGACUUUGAAUCUCGCCCUAGCUACGGCAGCACGCAACAACUCUACGGUGAUUUUAGCCAACGAUCCCGAUGCGGAUCGGCUGGCUGUUGCUGAAUUGCAACCAAAUGGAGAAUGGAAGGUCUUCUCGGGCAAUGAGUUGGGAGCCUUAUUGGGUUGGUGGAUGUGGACUCGAGCGGAGCAAAAAGGACAAAAUCCUACAACAGCAGCCAUGAUCGCGUCAACUGUUUCUUCCAAGAUACUUCAGACGAUGGCCGAACGUGAGGGAUUCUUGUUUGACGAAACUCUUACCGGGUUCAAGUGGAUGGCCAACCGUGGACUGCAAUUGCAGAAGGAAGGAUACCAAAUCCUGUUUGCCUUUGAGGAGGCUAUUGGAUUUAUGUGCGGCAUUCACGUUCCGGAUAAAGACGGCGUUUCAGCGGCUGCUCAUUUGUCCGAAAUGGCUGUCCAUUUGGAAAGCAAAGGCUCUACGCUUAACGGACAAUUGCAAGAGAUUUACCUCAAAUAUGGGCAUCACGUUUCUCUGGUAUCCUAUUACUUGUGCUACGAUCCAGUUGUAAUCAAUCGCAUCUUCGAGCGUCUUCGUAACUUUGAAAACGCACCAAAAACGUAUCCGAAAUCCUUAAUGGAAGGAAAGUAUGUCGUUAAAGGUGUCCGCGAUUUGACGAACGGAUUUGAUUCUCGUCAGCCCGAUGGCAAGGCUUUGCUUCCAACCUCAAGCUCCUCUCAAAUGAUCACAUUUUACUUCGAGAAUGGAUUGGAUGCAACCAUUCGUACAAGUGGCACUGAGCCUAAAAUCAAAUAUUACACUGAACUUCGCGCUCCACCCACUCAGAGUGAUCGUCAACAAGUCCAGGCAACUUUAGAUGAAAUGGUGCAGGCUCUAGUGGACGAAUUUCUUCAGCCGGCACUCAAUCACCUCACUCCCCGUCCAGAAUAAUCUCAUUCAUAAAAUGUAAUUCAGUGGGGCGGCACACUCAAUGGAAGCUACAUUCCAUCUGACGUGUAUUGAAAACGUAGUCAAUUCAAGUUUAGAAUGGUCUUUGGUUGCCGUUUGCUGAGUCUUUUUCUUCGAAGGUUUUUUUCUUUUUCGCCCUGCCUAAUGUUGUUCGGUGUGAGUCUCAGUGUUAAUCUCAUAUGGUUGUUGUUUGUUAUCAGUUGUAGAAGUUGGUUGUUAUUGCUACUCUGGAAAUUGUAGCACGAACAUUUGUUUGCCGACAUUAAACGGAUUCUCUUACUUGG